UGAUUAAUCAGUUUCUCCUAAAAUGAAUGAGAUUAAGGAAAUGGUGCAGAAGCUUGCGUUGCAAAUGACUAGCCUAAGCUCGAGGCAAGAUAGACAAGUUCAACGAUUAUCUUCUCAACUGAGGGAAAUUAAAGAUUCAUGGGAAACUAAGAGGAAUUUGGAUGACCACACCUAUCUUGUCAUGGCGGAGGUCAAGAAGAGGGAGAUUGAACAAAGAAAUUGUCCCUUGAUCGAUGAGAGGCCUGAGGCAAUCAAUAUUGUGUUGAACAACAAUGCUAGCAAUCACAUUAUUCAUGUUCCUGCAGUUGUAGCUACUGCUGUAGUAGCUGAAAAGAAUCAUCAUGUCAUGCAAGAUCCUAUCACUACUUGGAAGAAGUAUAUGUCUGAGGAAAAUCUGACCAGUGAGGUGGAGUUAAAAGGUAUAGAUAAGAAGAUUGACAAGUUGGUUAAAGAGGUUGAGUUUGCAGAUGCAAGCCCUGUUCGGGAUCGUAGCCAGCUGCUAGAGCAUGUAUUUGCUGAUCCUAGAAGCUGCAGAAUUGGCCCUGAUCCAAGGCACAAAGUGAUGACUGGCGUAUUAGCCAAUGAGGAGAACGAGGGUUUUGCAUUGCUCAAAACAGCUACUGACAAAUCAGGUUAUACUGAAGAAGUGAUCAUUGGGAUGAAUGUUGCUGCAUCUGGAGUUUAUGGGAAGGACAAAAUUUGUGAUCUGAACUUCAAAAGAAAAGUUGCUGAACUAUGGAGCAAGUCUUUGAUGGUGGAUUGCAAUCUCAAGGCUCCCUUGCCCUUGUCCUUGUCCUCGUCCUUAGAUCAGAUCUUUGCUACAACAAUUAUGAAUGAGAAAAAUGUAGCUGAGUUAAUCUUAUCGCAAUCCCAGGUUCUAAUUCUACUGGAAAGAUGAAUUUUAUUAUAGUAGAGGCCUGCUCACCUACAUGGGCGAAGGCUGAUGCUACAGAUUGUACUCAUGAAACUGUUAGGAAUUCUCUUGACAUAGAUCCUCCAAAGAUCUUUGAAUUUAUCCCAUGGUGGCAAAGUGGUGUACCUUUGAGGACCUUUCUCCUAGCUGCUGUAGUAACUAUGAUGCUCAAUUAUUUCAUUCAAUUCUGUCAGAACAAGAAAUAUGAUCUAUUUGGUCAAGGAGGUACGAUAAUGAUUGAUAUGAGUUCAGGAGCAUCCAAUUACAUCAGUAUAGAUGCAGUGACAGUGCUAUCAAUUGAAAUCAAUAAGUUAUUUUAUCUUUUAUUUUCCCUUUUCGUUUCCUGGUUUGAGCUCCUUUCAAUCCUAAAUUCUCUCUGUUCGUAUGAACUUUGUCCUCCCAAAUGUGAAGGGAGUCAUGAAGGAUAUUUGUGGGAUUCUAGAAUUAUUUAUAUAGUUGCUUGCUUUAUUUGUCUUAUUGGGAGUGCUAUGUUCCUUUGGAAGCACCAGAAACUCAAGAAUAUUAUGAAAGGAAUCACCAUAUCAAAGUGGACAUCAUUCCAUAGUCUUGGUUUAAGUGAAUUUGAAAGACAUGAUGGCUUAGAUGAAACUAACGUAACUAGAAAUGGAGCUUCAGGAAGGGUGUACAAAGCUUUCAGAUGUCUUGUGCCUUUGGCCCAAAGUCUUACAUGGUCGGUUGGAGUUUUUAGUUCCAAGGGAGUUCUUCUCGAUCUUUUUGACGCCUGGAAAAAGAUGAAGAAUAUCAGGCUUUAUGUUAGGAUGUUUGUCCUUGUGGAUAGCUAUGAGGAACUUAGUUCACAGAGAACUCAGGUGUGCAAAAAUCUUGCAAGUUGAAGUUAUGCAAAAUCUAGUUGCUAGCGUGAUUCCUACAACUGAAAAAUCACAACUGUAUUGUGAAAAUGGUGACGAAAUAAUGCGAAUUGUUGUUCCCUCUUUCA